CACAAACACCAUAAACCCGCUAUAAAAGAAACAGCUUUGUAUUUUCUUCAACCUCAAGUCGAAAGUCGUCUCUCUCUCUCUCUCACUAGAAUUUGUUACGGUUAGGGUUUUACGUUAAGAACCCCAAAGAUGCAAUCCUUCGAUCCAACAAAGAAACGUAAGCCGGAUGAUAACGGCAUCGUUUCAUCCGUAUCGGAACCUGACCCAAUCACCAAACUUACGCCACAAGACGGCCGCAAACUAAUCGAGCGAUUCACCGUCGAUCAACUCCUUGAUAUCCUCCAAGACGCCGUUUCUUGCCAUGAGGACGUCCUUUCCGCCGUCCAAUCUAUUGCGGAUCAAGACCCAUCUCAACGGAAGCUCUUCAUCCGUGGGUUGGGUUCGGACACAACCACCGAUGGCCUUCAUUCACUUUUUUCCCUCUAUGGGGAACUCGAAGAAGCGGUCGUUAUCCUCGAUAAGGCUACUGGGAAAUCUAAAGGGUACGGGUUUGUUACUUUCAAGCACGUCGAUGGUGCUUUGCUUGCUCUCAAAGAACCCAGCAAGAAAAUCGACGGGAGAGUCACGGUGACACAGCUGGCGGCGGCUGGGAAUUCGGGGGCGAAUACUAACCUGGUGGAUAUUCAUAUGAGGAAGAUUUAUGUAGCCAAUGUGCCGUAUGAUAUGCCGGCGGAUAAGUUAUUGGGUCAUUUUGCUCAGUAUGGGGAAAUAGAAGAGGGUCCGUUGGGGUUCGAUAAGCAGACGGGGAAAUCAAGGGGAUUUGCUCUUUUUGUUUAUAAGACGGCUGAAGGGGCUGAGGCGGCGUUGGUGGAACCGGUGAAGAACAUUGAUGGGAGACAAAUGAAUUGUAAGUUCGCUAUUGAAGGAAAAAAAGGGAAGCCAGGACAAGAUGGGAUGAUGCAAAGUGGAGGUGGGGCUCCGGGAAAUGCAGAGAUGGGGAUGGGAGGACAUGGAGGAGGAUAUUGUGGUCCUGGUGGACCAGGUGGUAUGGGUGGUUAUGGUGGGUUUUCGGGUGGGCUGCAAGGGCCGCCGGGUCCAAUGGGUCAUCCUCAUCACUUGAAUUCAUCCGGAGUUGGGGUGGGUACUUUGAGUGGGAGUGGAGGGGGUGCUGGUAGUGGUUAUGUUUCUGGACUUGCUGGACCGUAUGGUGGGUAUGGUGGACCGGGUUCGACUGGCUAUGGUGGGUUGAGUGGUGCUGGUGGAGGGUCUUCAUUGUAUAGAUUGCCACCGAGUUCUGUAGGGUUGCCGUCUGGUGGGUAUCCGGAGAGUGCCCAUUAUAGCUUGUCUUCGUCUGUUGCUCUCCCUGGUCAACAUCAUCAAGGAGCUGGGACAUCCAAUUUGCCAAGGGUUCCACCUGGUGGAAUGUAUCCCAAUGGACCAUCUUUCUACUGAGGUUUAUGACAGCUUGUUGGGCGCAGAUGCUUUUUGUGGUUCUGGUGAUUGCGUGAAUGCAGACUAUAUAUACUCUCUGGCUUGAUGAAUGUAUUAGCUGGGCUCUUACAGCCACUUCUCUUUGAUCUGCAUCUUUAAGAUGUUUAUUUCUGAGUGCUGGUUUUCAAACUUGUGAUCUAGAUUAGUUUUUCUAUGUUUUAUUAGGAACCUUUGUCCCAGUGGGGCAUUUUAGUCAUUAGUAUAGUUUUCUAAUAGUAUAAGUAGUGACAUAAUAUUUUUGCCUAUUUUGCUAGUAACUAUAUUUGUUAUGCAUCUCCUCUACUUGGAAGUUUAUUUCUAUGUUGGUAGAUAAUGCUAUUCAUGUUGGAUUUUCUAUUAUGUACUCUGAUGGUAUAUAGACUAUAAACAAACCUGCAGCUUAUUUUUAUUGAAAUUAUAUGUAGUUCUUUAUUUUGAUAUAUAAAUUAAUGGGGUGUUGAGAAACUGCACCAGAAAAAUUUUACUUUCUUGUUACAUAAAUGAGUUUUAACACUUCAGUUAAGUAAGAUCCUUUUCUAAUGUAAUUUAUUGCAUUCUUGUUACAACAUUCACUUUUCAAUUAUGUGUUAAAGUUGCCACCGAAAGAUGUCUUGAAGAUUUUUGUGCCAUCUUUUUAUUACUUAGGGGCUAGAGUUUUGCUAGUCUUCUUCUGAUACUUAAUGUUCCUUUGUUCAAGUGGAUGUAUUUCUGGCUGCCUGGAUCUGUAUAAAAUUGGUAGGUUGCCCUCAUGACAUGGAUUUUUUGAUUGGGUUCUUGUUUCAGUGAAGAAUCUAAUGAUAUUGGAGCAGCUAGUAUUUCAUUAAGUGUGCCAGUGAUUUUGUUGGUUGCUUCUUGAUGUGGUGCUGCUAGUUGUUGAGUGUUGAUGUACAUAAUUGACAGUCUCCUUGUAUUGUCAUCUGUGUGGCCUAAGCUGGGUUUUGUUGGAUUUAUAAAUGAGCUCUUGCUGUGGCUUUACCAAUUCAUUUGCAACAUAAAAUGAGUCUCUUUUCCCCCAGGUGCUGCAACUGUCUUUGGUGGCUGUCUUUGUUGGAGACGCUUUUUUUGUGCACAGUGGUGUGAUGGACUUUGUGAUCUGUAUGUAUUGAAGUUAGACAUUUUGAUAGGUUCUAUAGGAGACUGGUUGAAAGGCUAGCUUUUACUUUCCUUUUGUCUUUUCUGGUGGCAGCUGUUUGCAUCUAUUAACUAGGUUUCUGUACAUCAUGAAAAAUUUUAAUCUACUUGCUGAAACCGUGGUCAGUAUCCUAUUGGAAUGGAUAUAAUGUGUUUUUGAAAAGAAUUUCUAUGUGUUAUAUGCUUGGUAGCUGAUUUUGACAUCUGCGCCUAUCCAAUUCUCUCAUCAUGUUCCUCUAAAAGGAGGCUCUGAUGCAAAUGAUGUGAAUGAUUUUUAGUGGUUUUGUAGAAACCUUUUUAUCAUAAUUUUGAUUUGUGCUUGCCAAAUUAUACCUCAAAUGCGAUUUGCGGACUGAAUUGCACAAGUUGUUGAAAGCUUUUUGCUUUUUACCACGAUUCAUUGUUGACCUUAAAUGUCUUUUCUGAGAUGUUAAAUUUAGCUUUUGGAAAUUGGGAGUGUCUUGCUUGGUUUCAUAAGUAGAUGAAAAAUAAGGCUAUUUGGUCCCAAGAUUUUAAACUGACUACUCAAGAGGUCCUGGUUAAAGACACAAAUAUUUAACUAGUUUCAUUGUCAUUCCUAUUUGGACUUGCAUUUGUCUAUCUAGGUUGCUUUCAAGAAUAUAUAUAUAUAUAUAUAUAUAUAUUUUUUUUUUUUUUUUUCUUUUUCUUUCGAGGAACUAGGAGCAUGUUUCUCCUCUUUCUCUCUCUUCUUUUAUUGUUGGGUAGGAAAGUUGUAUACCUGACAUCUUUUUAUGGUCUUGGGUGGAAUUGAUGCUCUGAUUCUAUGCUAAUGGCGUUGGUGUUUUCUUUUUUCCCCCCUUCUUUGCUUCCCAUCUUUGGGCCGUUUGAUGUGGAUCUAUGACUCACUGAGGAUAUAAAAAUCAACCACAAAGAUAAAGAUGGAAUCAUGGAAGGAGGAUGCGUAUUCACAGCACUCAAAUGAAGCAAGAUGGAGUGGAGUGAGGAUCUCCACUGAUUCAGUCCGAGAAAAUAUCGAUCAUUAGCCCUCCAUGAGCCUGCUCAUAUGACAAAAUCAAGAUUAGAUAUUGCUGGCUAACCAUGAGCCUGCUUGUAAUUUUCUCGAGAUAAAUGUCUGACAUGGUGGUUGAUUGGUGCAAUGAACAUGCAAUUGUAUCCUAACCCCAAGAAAUUUGUCAUGAAAAUUCCUUGACAUUCUUGUUUGUGUAUAUGUGGAUUAAAAAUCAAACGAUUUCUUUGUCAAAUUUCCCCCCUUGAUUUGAACUUUCUAGGAAUGAGGAGAAAAAAGUGUCAUAUUUGACAAUUUCCAAUGAUUCCAACAAAUUUCUUACGUUUAUAUUUUUAUUUUCCUCACUAUGGAGAAUUUUGGACAAAAUGGAUAGAGACUUGACAUGUAUUGAAAAUGUAAAGCACCAAGUUAAAAGAGUGAUUGGCCAUCGUAUAGGAAUUUGAAAGGGAAUGGGAUUAUCAAGAAGCAACUUGUCUUAAUUUUUUUAUGUAUAUAUACACACAAACGGUGAUGAUAGUGAUAUUACCAACAAAUGAAUGGUAAACUUGUUGGUUACUCUUUAAUUAUCCUCUCAAUUCCUUAAUCAACUUGACAACUUGGCAAGGAAGACAAUGCAUAAUUAUUUUUGAGUAAUUGCAAAAAUCUUUUCUAAAUAUGCAUUAUUUUUUAGUUUCAAAACAUUAUCAAAGAAAUUGUAGGUUAACCAAGACAAGUUAUGUUCAACGAAGAAAAAGGAGCCAGUUUGGGAGAUUAAAACUGUCUCAAAUU